CUAAAAAUCACGACGGUCGUUGCAAAACAAGCACUAACAAUAUGCCACUGUUGGGCAAAAUACUUUGUUUCUUGAUCGUCUUAAUUCGAUUAAGGACAACUUAAAUUAUAUACAAGUAAAGCCGAGGCGGCGUGUAGAUAAUAAUAUCGGCAUACGUGGAGCUUCUCCGUUGAUGCCAUGCGUAUUAGUUAUAUCGCCGAACAGCUGAUCGUGCUCCUUUCCGCAAUUCGAAGGUUAGGUUCUAUAGCGGCGCUGCACAUCGCGUAUACCAAUUAACAGAUACCUGCAGUAUACCACACAUCAGUCAAAGUUGCCGAGUAAAACGCGCAUGGAGAGUGCUUUUCUUGAUCAUUUGAAUAUAACUGUGAUGGCCAAAAAAAUAUUCAGAUAAAGAAUUAUAAAGCGUCAUGAAGUCACUUUUAGUCUUUAUACCAGAGAGAUUUUGCACAGAAAAGCCAGGUUGUAUGUAUGGUAAUAUUUUGUACGAACCAAAUGAGGAUAUCAGCAAGUUUUACAUCCUUGGUUUAACUGAAUCAGUUCAGAGCAUUACCAGAGCAAGCAAUGAUCUGGUGCCUCUUGGGUAUUUUUAUGGGGCUGAGAAAAAAAUUGAGUAUUGGGAAAAGAAACUUCCAAACUGGAUAGAACUGUACCUUUCUCCCCAUUCAAGCUCAAAUUAUGAGUACUGCAUGCGAAAUGUCAUGCUUAAGAAUCAAAAGCUUGCCUUGCUGGACUGUCAUACGGUAGUGAUUUUGUACGAAGAGCACUGUCUACUUAGAGCAGAGUUAUACAGUGAAAAAACUCCUAUGGAUCAUUUCUCCGAAUUAAGAACUAUACUAGCUAAGGAAUCUACAAGGAAAAGUCAAGAUAAGCUGAAAAAUGUCUGUGUUGCUCAUAUGAGAGAAACAAUUUUCAAUGUGCUGAUACUGACCUUUCUCUAUCCUACAAUGUGGCUGUGCAAAAUUACAAAUGCCUUAAAUCCAAUUUUAAAAUACUCUUCGCUGGGUUUGCAUCUGACAGCAUGGUUUCAGAAUGCAAAAUGGACCUUAUCAACACUUUCACAGAGCAAGCGAUUUACACUGAAGACGACCAAUUAUAUCUUAGCUAUGGCUGUAGACAUGGUACUAGGGUUAUUGCUAUUAAAACUGCUACUACAUUUUCUUGGGGAUUCUUCUCCAUCUGACGUACUACUCUUUCAUGCAGAGAAAGUGGUUGAAUCAUUAAAAGGACUUGUUAAUUGGCUAAUGGGAUCACCCGCUGGACUAAAGUUAAAUCGGUCUUUCAACAAUGUGCUUGGCAAGUUUUUCCUUUAUCACAUUCAUCUUUGGUGGGCAUUCCUUGUAGUUUCAAAACCUUUGAUGGAGCUGGCUUUUGGAGUUCUCUUGUUUUUUGGCAGACUAGGUGUUACCUUUCAAAUUUCCAUUGUAGCUGAUCUUCUGGCACUUAUCAGCUUUCAUACUUACUGCAUUUAUAUCUACGCUGCAAGGCUUUUCAAUAUACAAAUCAGAGGAUUAACUGCACUUUUUCGACUGUUCCUUGGAAAGAAAAAGAAUCCUUUGAGGAAGAGAGUUGAUUCCUGCAGAUACCAGCCAGAUCAGCUAUUUGUUGGCACUUUACUUUUUACUAUACUUUUGUUUCUCAUGCCAACAACAUGGCUCUACUACAUUGUUUUUACUGUGCUAAGGAUCAUAAUGAUAGGAUUAGGUGGUUUCUUAACAAGAUUAAAAUUUUACUUGCAAAUAAUGCCUAUCUAUGCUUACUUCAGAUGGCUAUUUCGUACAGUUGAUGCAACUGGUUCUAUUGGAAUCAAAUUAUUAAAUAGAGAAGUCAAAGGUCCAAUCAUGUUAAGGACAAAAGCCAUUAUUGCACCAUGGAGUGAAACUUGGAGAAAAUCAAUUCCUGAUACCAUAAAUAUCCACCCACCCAUUGAAUGGAGUAAAAUUGCCAGUAGUAUAUUCUGGGGACAAUUACUUUAUCCAUUUUAAAGAAUUAACUUGAUUCUCUAUAUAAAUAAGACUGAAAUUAAUAGAUUAAAAUGUUUAAAUUAUAAGUAUCGACAAAUAAUAAGUAUAUAUAUAUAUAUGUAAGUGAUUUGUGUACAUAAAGAAAAGAGAAGUAAAUAAAAGCAAAUAAAAAUCUUUUUUUUAUCA